AUGCCGUGGCUGGCUGUUCCUUACGAGGACGUCGAUGCCAGGAACGAGAUCAUCCGAGAGUGUGGCGCUGUUAACCUCCCAAAGCUUGUGCUCUUCGAUCGCCAGGGGAGGCUCUGUGACGAUGAUGCUGGCGAGAAGUUCCUGGAUCAAGGAUUUGGAGCUUUCAAGGAUCGCAAAUUCCUGCCCGGCUCUACAAAUCUGCUGAGCAAGCGCGAGAUCCACCAAGAAGUGAAAUUCAGUGAGAUCACCCAGAAGCUCAUCGGCUUCUACUUCUCCGCUCACUCCAGCCGCCAAGCGCAGAGCUUCACCCCCAAGCUCGCUGCCGCCUACAAGGAGCUCAAGGACGACCUGGAGAUCAUCUUCGUCUCCAGCGAUCCCGAUCCAGAGUCCUUCGCCGCGUCCUUCCGAUCGAUGCCCUGGCCAGCGCUGCCAUUCGCCGAUGCCGCCUCGAGGACCGCCCUGACCGAUCGCCUGAACCACCUCCGCAAGAUCCCGCGGCUCGUCAUCGUGGAGGCCUCGUCCGGAAGAACGAUCACCGCCCAGGGCUGCUGGAUUAUCUCCCAGUUUGGAUCGCAGGCCUUCCCCUUCACGGAUUCCCACAUCGCGGCGCUCCUGCGCGAUUCGGUCGAGGGGAAAGCUCCCAAGGUUCUCGGAGGAGGAGAAUGCGGUAGCCAUGGCGCCCACAUCUGGAUCGUCAACAACGCCCAGCCUGGAGAGAUGUCACACCAGUGCGCGAUUUGCAAUCGAUCGGGCAGUGGCUGGAUGUACAUCUGCAAGGACUGCUCCUACCGAUUCCAUCCGGAAUGCGCCGACGAGAUUGGCGGCCCUGACGAGAGAUUCGCGCCUCUUCCGCCCCGGCGCCAAGAUCGACUUGAUCGAUCGCGAAGCCUCCGAAACCCACCGAGAUAUCGCGACCGGGAUUCCGAGUCGAGGUCUUGCCUGCCGGACUGGAUCACCAGGCUGGUCGAUCCGGAGAUGAAGCGGACCGUGAUCACGAGCGCCAUGGCCGGGCUGAUCACCGUGGCGGUGGGCGUGUGUUCCUUCUUGUAUAGCAAGCUGGGCAAGGGUUAG